AUGAAAAUUAUACUUGUAUUCACUCUAUUCUGCGCUUUCGUCGCCGCAGCCUCCACCGCGACAGUACCACAUGUAGUAGAGGAAAAUGCUUUAAUACCAAAUGUACCUUUAGCUAUCGACAAGGACAAUGCUAGUCGAAAUAUACUGGUGAACAUUCUUGUACGUCAACUAUUUGAAUAUAUCAGAUAUGUAAUCAAGAAUGGCUCUAUUAUCUUCGGGACUCCGCCAUUGGACCCGCUCUAUAUAGAGGAAUUGGCCCUGAAGGUUCCAGCUGGACUUCUCAAUUUGGAUUUGGAGCUUCAGAGAAUCGCUGCUUCAGGCGUAGGAGACUUUGUAGUACACAAAAGUGACUUGUCUUUGCGACGACUUACUUUCGACUUGGACAUAUCCGUUCCUCGCUUAGAGAUUAGCAGCGAUGUAUAUGACUUAGUUGGUGAUAUUUUGACUGCUAUUCCAUUAUACGGAACAGGCAAUGCCAGAUUUAUAAUUGAAGACUUCAGACUGCAAUCUAAACUAUACUUGAAACAAUCUGACGAUGGAAAAUCUGUGCUAAUUGACAGAAUCGAGAAUCCGGCUUUCCAAUUGCCCAGCUUCCAGUCCCAGCUGACCGGAGUGAUUGGCGGCGGUGAAGAUGUGGAUGCAAUUGUCAACGCAAUAACAGAAGAUGUAAUCAUUGGGUACGUGAACCGUUUCCAGGGUGCCAUCUCAAAAAUUGCUUCCCUCGCCAUAAUCGCAGUUGCAAACCCUAUACUCGAUCAACUGGACACCUGGAAGUUCCUCGCACCUCUCAUGCCUUCAUAA